CGUCACAGUGGGCCGGUUGAGCCUUCCUUCGUUCGAUUCAGGGCAGGCUCCAUUCAUUUUACAUGUAGCAAGCAGGGUUGCGGGCAGUUCAGACAUGGGAAGUGAGCAUUACUGCCUGAGGUGGAACAAUCAUCAGAGCAACUUGCUGGGUGUGUUCAGUCAGCUGCUGGAGUCCGAGUCGCUGGUGGACGUGACGCUGGCGUGCACGGAGGGCCCCUCGAUCCGCGCUCACAAGGUUGUACUUUCGGCCUGCUCCAGCUACUUCCAGGCUUUGUUUCUCGACCACCCAAAUCGCCACCCCAUCGUCAUCCUCAAGGACGUCCGCUUCUCCGAGCUACGAACCCUCGUCGACUUCAUGUACAAGGGAGAAGUGAACGUUGAGUAUUGCCAGCUCUCAGCGCUCCUAAAGACGGCCGAGAGUCUCAAAGUCAAGGGACUCGCUGACAUGACAAACAUCAAUGCUGCGGCAUCGUCGAGGUGUGAACUAGACCAGCAACAGCAGCAACAGCAGCAACAGCAGCAACAGCAACAACAGCAACAGCAACAACAGCAACAACAGCAACAGCAACAACAGCAACAGCAACAACAACAUCUUGCCAAUGAGAACCAGCGGGAUCGAGAGCACCGGGAACGCGAUAGGGACAAAGAACGGGAGAGGGAAAGAGACCGGGAUAGGGAACGGGAACGGGAACGGGAACGGGAACGGGAACGGGAAAGAGAGAGGGAGAGGGAGAGGGAACGGGAGAGGGACAGGGAAACGGAAGUGGAAUGCGAACAAUCUCAACCUCAGCAGCUCAGCGACGUAAUGGAAGCUGUUCAUAUGACCGAGUGUCCACCGUCACCCACGGGACCCGGGAGUCCGUGUCCCGGACCUCUGGCCCUUCAUCGAACCAGAAGGAACUCGGACGACGCUGCGAGCCUCGAAGAAACGAGAGGCUCCCUGAGUCCCAUAUCCGUUCACAGUGGUCCCAGCGACAUGAGUCUCAGUAAUAACACCGCCGGUGCAACAGCCGGAGGCAUUAUACCCCUCCAACUGCCGCAAAGCAGGCUUCCGUCUCCUCACAGUACGGAACCACUCGCCGGACCCUCGGGACUUCCGCCUGUACAACAAGUUCCUCUCUCCCUAAAGAAGGAAGUAGAUUGGGAGCGAUCUACGGACGAUCGAGUAUCGAAUAUCGAGGCGACGACUGACUACAGACUCCCACCAGAUCCGGAGUUGAUGGGUUUGGAUGAACGGGUGUUUGCGUGCAUGUACUGCGGUGCCUCGUUCCUCCAUCAGAGCAAGCUGACGCGGCACAUCCUAUCGCACAGCCUCGAGUCGCUAAAGUACAGGGAGCAGGCGGCGCAUCUCCAGCUCCAGGCGCAGCUCGGUCUCGAUUCGGGUCUCCAUCUGGCUUCCGAGGUUGUCCACUACGCGCCCGGAGGUCCGGUUGAGCCGAUGGACCUGGAGCUAGCCGCCCAUUCGGACCCAUCGUCCGGUGUAGUGCUUUGCAAGUUUUGUGGUAAAUCAUUCCCCGACGUCGGUUCGCUGAUCGCCCACCUCCCCGCCCACACCGGCGACCGACCUUUCAAGUGCGAAUUUUGCGGCAAGGCUUUCAAGCUUCGCCAUCAUAUGAAAGACCAUUGCCGCGUUCACACCGGCGAACGGCCGUUCAGGUGCGCCCUUUGCGGCAAAACCUUUUCGAGAUCCACGAUCUUGAAGGCACACGAAAAGACACAUUAUCCAAAGUAUGUGCGAAAGUUCCUUUCACCCAGCCCCGUUGAUCCAUCCGAGGAGGAAGCCCCGGCGGCACAUCCACCGGCGCCUCCCCAUCAUUGAGUAUAAUGACAAAUUUUUAACUCCGCCUCUUUACGUAUAAUUAUCAUUAUAAUUUUAUUACUAUUAUUAUUAUUAUUAUUAUUAUUAUUAUUAUUAUUAUUAUAUACUAUUAUUAUUACAAUUAUAUAUUAUUAAUCUUACUGUUAUUAGCGUAGAGGUACGUGUGCGUUGAAAAAUCUCCAACGCGGUAUUUUUUCCCACCAUUCGUUCGUUCAUUUGAAACAAAAAGAAAUUUUUUAAUUAUUUUUUUCAAUUUAUUAUACUCUUUUUUUUUUCGAUCGCUUCUUCCCGCCUAUUUUAUGUACUCAGUAGAAUAUCAAUUCCGAUCCUGGAUACAGAUUCCUGCACCGACGUCUUACCGACGUUUCCAGAACGUUCGAGGAUAAGGAUAUCCCCGCUCUGGGUGACCUUAUCGACCGUCGGAUAGUCCGAUUGUCCAGCGUUAUCGAUCGAAGGUGAAAGAUAUGGUAAAGUAGAGCGCAAAUCUGGCGGAUUUUAACCCUCUGUCGAUAAGGUUGAACAACCGAACGAUCAUAUGAUCGAUAAGAUCAGCCAAAUUGGGGAUAUCCCCACCCUUGAACGUUCUAGAAGUAUCGGUAAAAUGUCGGUGCAAGAAUCUGUGUCCAGAACCUGCCUCACUACUCUAAUUUUUUCUCCGCGUUUUUCAUUUUUCAUUUUUCUUUUUUCUUUUUUUUUGUUGUUCCCUUUUUCACGCCAACGCUCCGCGUUUCAUUUGCAAGAAUAACGGUUACAUAUAGGUAGUAUAACAUAAUACAUAUAUAAAUAUAUAUAUGUAUUAUAUACAAUAUACAUAUUAUAGGAACAAUUGUAAACUACAUAAAAUAAGCAACUAUAUAAUAAUAGCAUAAUAAUGAUAAUGAUGUAGGAUAUAUAUAUAAAAAAAAGAAGCGUAUACGCGCGUCAUGUAGCGAUUAUACAACAUGACCCGGUUGCGUAUACAUGCAUACUGUGCACCUAGCCUCGAGGCAAUCCGACGGUAUUUCUAGUUAGUCCUGUGAUUUUGGUUAGGAUGGUUGGUGUAUAUCCGUGUCUCAUUCGAGGGGGAGAGGAUAAGGGACACGUUAAAAAACCUAGUAUAACAAAGAAACGAAAAAAAAAAAAUGAAAUGACAUGAAAUGAAAUUAAUAUAAAAUCAUAUGAAAAUCUCCCUCGUUUAAUCAGUGCUUUAAGAUAAAACGUUCAGCUUAUCCUUAUACGUACACAUAUUUGUAUAUAUCAUAGGAAAAUACACGCGUGCACGCAUAAAUUCUACACACAUGCAUGCGCGUUUCGAUGAAACUUUGUUCGCACGCGCACACCCACGCAUACCACAAUAUUACACUAUACGCAACUUAAUUACGCCGCGUGCAUGUGUGUACACAUUUACGCGCGAAGUACACGUAUUUAUACAAUUAUACAUAUAUACACCUAUGUGCAUAGGUAUGCAUACAUAUGUUCGUGUGUAGGUAAAUUAUUGAGGUAUUUAAGUUGCGAAAGAAGGGGAAGAAAAAAAAAAGGAAGAAAAAAAAUAGAGGUGAAACGACGAGUGAAAACGAAGGGGGAAAAAAUAACCUAGACGCCACGGUUGGUGCUUUUAAAAAGAGAUUCUGACAAAAUGCUGUGAAUUAUAUAUAAAUUGAUUAUACAUCUAAUGAUAAAACGGACGAGAAAGAGAAACGAUGCUAAAAGUGAAGAGAAUAAACUUGAAUAAGAAAAGUACACACACACACACAUACAUACAACUACGUCGUGAAAUGACGAAAAAAACAAAGAAACAAAUAACAAUAUUGUAUAUCGUACGAUUUCUACUAUGUACAAUGAUUGACUGUUGUUGAUACGAUUGAGGAUAUUUUAUACUCCAGUUGAACGGGGUGGGUUUACACUAUAUUAGUAAUAAUAAUAUAAAACACAGACGAUAAACAAAUGAAAAUAGUAAUGAUAAAAUAGUAAUGAUAAUUCCAUAAUAUAUGUAUAUGUAUAUUUAAUAUACAUCUAGAGAUACACACGUGCAGGGUGGAGGCUAAAAAGAAAUAGAGAGAGAAAGAGAGAGAGAGAGAGAGAGAGAGAGGAGAGAAAGAUGAAUAGCGAAAGUUGAUGAAUCCUGAAAGGUCUCUGUACAUAAAAUAUAUGCAAACGUACGUACGGAUGCAAAAAAUGAAAUUGCAUCCGCAUGAAUUGGAAACGUAAAGAGUGCGCUGGCAUAAUAUAACGAUAACGAUACAUAUUCUCACUCCUUGUACUGUUCGGUCCUUUGACGUGUAUGUCGCUGACAGAGUUCAACCCUUUUUCUUUUUUUUUUUUUUUUCUUCGCAUUAUUACUUUUUUGUACGGUGCAAAAGCUCGGUGAUCCUGGAAUUCGGCAAGUUCUUCGUUUAUAUUGAAAUGCAAUAUCGAUGUAUGAUGAAUUUUCUAAUUUCUUCUGAUAAGAUAAUCGAAAAUUUACUGGCUUUUCGUUGUAGACACAAACGAGCGGGUACCAACGAUUGAUUUGUCUAGUGCAGAUUGUCGAGAAUGAAAAAAUUUUCUCAUCAUUCGAAAUAUAGUAUUUGAUGUGAGAUAACUUCGGUUAGUGUUAAACUCGAAUAAAAUCGCGCAGAAAAAAUAUAUAUACAACUUCGUUUCGUGUUGGAUUAGCAAAUUCAAACCUCGGCACAGAAUCAACAUGGCCGCCGUGUUACCCCGCUUCGAGUUUUAUUUCAGUGGCACAAUCGCUCUCAGCAACCUUCAUUUACCGCGUGACGUUUCACGUUCAACAGCAGUACGGCAAGAGCAGUUUAGUUGUCAUUUUACUUUCGGCGAAUGUAUAAAUAGCGAAAUUUUCGAUUGCAAAGUUUGCACGGAUUGUACAUGGUUUGCUUAUAAAAUGUAUGUUUUUCGAUAAACACAAAAAAUAUUACAAAUGCCUCGCACAUUGUGUCUGUUGAACGCAGACGCAAUCACGAUUUGUUGACGAUGUUUGACGUUAUUAUUCUAAAAAUUCGUUCGGCACAAUUAUUUCAGAAACGACGAGUCGAGAUUAUCCCGGAAUUCUGAAAAGUUGUAUCUCUUGAAGUUGUAUCUCUUGAAGUUGUAUCUCUUGACCGAAACCUGUAUGGUACGUGGCUAUAGAAAGAGAUACAUAAUAGACAUGAUGCCGGUUAGCCAUCGACGGUGCAAUAUACCUAUAUCUGUCUAUCCACCAUUCGUUAUUUUUACUCUAAUUCGUUGUAUAUUUAUACAGAAUAGAAGAACAAGUUAUACAUGUAUACACAAAUUAAACGUAUAUCGCAGUUUAGUUAGCUAGAAAAAUCGGUUUUUACAUACUAUUUGCAUACCAUAAAAUACGUGUACACUGUUGGAAAAAAGGUUAAUUUUUUUUUUUUUUUUUCGACAUCUCGAAUAGUCUGGUCAAAAAUUUAUACACGUUUACCAGACAGACCUUUGGCUGAUAAUAGAUACCCACGUUAUAAAUUUGAGACGAAUUCGAUGCCUUGUUUUCAUAAUCAUCAAAGAUUGUUGAUGCUCUGUCAAUAUUUCUAUAACGCAUUAUUGAACAAAAUGAGAAAACUCUCUGCAAUAAUAAUGUCGAUUUAUACUAUUUACCAACGUAAUAGAAAUGAAACAAGAUUUAUUUGAAAACGAAGAAAUUUUUAUUUCCGAACAGUUUAAUAUUUACACAAACUAUUCGGAACAGUGUGUAUCCUGUACGUCGGUGAUGAUUGGUCUUCAGAAAAACCACCAUAACUUCCUUUUUAUUGAUUUAUUAUUUUCAACUUUAAUUUGUAAAGAGUGAUAAAGCCAACUGGAAAAAUAACCGAAUAUACGUACAUACGUAAAUAUUUAGUCACACGGAAAAAAACGCGAAAAAAAAUGUAUGCACGUAAAUCCUGAGCAAAAAUCAGAGCGAUUCGAAUUGUUUCGAAUGUUUGAUAAAAAAAAAAAAAAAAAAAAAAUUACCAUCACGUAUUUCGGUAUGAAAAGUUCAAGAUGGCCGCGCAGUUGGUUCGCCCGGUAAUUAAUAUGUGCAAAAGAAUCGUCAAUCGAACGCGAAUCGAGCUGAAAAAAUCUGUGCUGGUUAUAAUUUUACAGGCACGAAAAGAUUGGACUAAUUGACAGCCACGAUACGUACAAUCUUUUCGUGUAUAAAUACGCAACAUAACGUCCAGGAUACAAUUUGGUAUUGGCGUGAGAAAUUAUUGGACAACCCAAACGUGAAUUCGUAUGCAAAUAUAAUAUGAAUUUGAUGUUUAAACACAUCGCGAUCAAUCAAUUAACGUUCAAGUAUUGCAGAAAUUGUCUAUCAUUUAUACCGUAGUUAAUCUUUACCUCAUUUUCAAUCUCUAAAAGAUGUUUCCUACGAGAUUUUCGAUUAUCCAAGAAAUUAUGCGAUGUGAAGGAUUUAUUUUUCGCAGAAAAUAUACCGCAAGCGUGUUUUGCAAAAAACUCGAUAUUCGUCACUCUGUGUUAUUACAUUUUCUCGCAUAGACAGUCGAACGAUUUUUCUUGUUUUCCUUUUUAUUUAUUUAUUUUUUUUUUUUUAAAGUCUCUCCCUUUAGAAAAAAAAAACUUCAACAUGCACGCACGCGUAUAACGAUAUGAAGACCAAAAUCGAAAGAAAUUGUAUAAACUAAAAGACAUCCGUAUACAUAAACGAACACACGUGAGAAAAAAAAAUUAAAAAAAAAUAAAUAAAAAAACAAACACGAACACACGAACCAGAAUAAGAACG